AUGCUCGUAUCAGACCUCCGUCGUGCCAAUAGCCCGGCUCCAUCGCUGCCUCUCGUGUUCACCGAACGACGAUUCCCGACACCAUCUCGUCUCUCGUUACGCUUUGAGCUACUGCACGUCGAGCCGAUGCUCCCUACAACCCACCGAUCCGGCCACCGUUCGCUCCGCCCGGAACCGAAGCCCCGACGCCCUGUUCCGCCUCUCGUCGCCGCUGAUCGCAACACCGGGACCUCCGACUCACCGGUGCACCGCCGUGCCCGCACUCCGCGCCAUUGCAUUCACCGGCCCGCGCUCCGCCCCGCCGCUCCGACGACCGAAGCUCGCACCGCCGGCCCGCUCCUCCCCAGCCACCGGUUCCGCACAUUUUCACCGCCCGCUCAACCUGGGGCGCCCGACGUGCUGCCGACGCUGUCCGGAGCCGAAGACCAAAGCAAACGACGUCCCCCGCUCGCCUCACCUACAACCUACGAGGCCGGGCCGCGGCGCCCCCGCCCGUUCCGGUCUCCCCUGUUGCCCGAUCUCGCCGCCCGCAUUGCGCCUCCGAAGCUCCGAACCCGUGGCCCUUUCCCGCCACCUCCGCGUCACCAGGCUGGGUUCGUUUGCCGCCGCUGCUGCUGCCCGCACUCGCGUGCCUCCGGUUCGUUGUUGCUGAGUCCCGAGCGACCCACCACCGGGCAGCCGCAGACCCACGCUUGCCACUUUUUCGCCGCUCCGAUCUCUCUGGCUGUGACUCGCCACGACGCUGUUCUCGCUAGCCCGCGCUGCUCCGUCUCCGCCGGUGCACGACGCCCCCGCAGCACCUCCGUCCGCGACCACCCGGUGCCUCGCACCCGAGCCCGAGCACUUUGCUGCCGUGGCACCACCACCCGUUGCUUCCCCGUUUCGCUGCUGGUCCGGUUGAGUUCCGCUCUUGUCGGAGCUCCGACGACCACCCGGCCCCGGUCACCAGACCCAUCACCCUUGGCGAGCCACCAUCGCAGUUCAGCCACACGCUUCCUUGCCAUUUCUUCAAGUCUACCGUGA